AUGUACAGACGAACAGGUGUUUUAUUUGUUUGGAGGAAAAAUAAGUGUCUGUGUUUUUCAAUCCUCUCACCUCAGGGAAGCCCCCAGAGCUGCUCAGUAAAGAGGAUUCUCUCUCUCUAUCUCGAUCUGAUAUCCGCGUAUCUCUAGAAGAAGUGAGAGAGAGAGAGAGAGAGCGGAGAGAGAAGAGAGAGAGCAAGAGGGAGAGAAGAAGAGAGAGCGAGAGCUAGAGGUAGAGAGAGAGAGAGACUCGCUCUCUAUCUAGAGAGAGCUCUAGAGAGCGAUCUGUCGGCAGCUCUCGUAGCUAUAUGCUAUCUAUAUCUCUUCUCUCUCUCUCUCUCUCUCUCUACUCUCUCUCUCUCUCUCUUCUCCUAUCUUCUCUCUCUCUCUCUCUCUCUUCUCUCUCUCUCUCAGGCACGAGCCCCCACCUCUUGUUUUCCCCCAACCCUGAGUCAUAUACAUUUGAGUCAGCGGUGAGUGUGAGCGCAUUUUGCUCCCUCUCUUCUGCUUGCUUCCUCUUCUUUUUAUCUCUGUCUUCCUCUGUCUAUCUUUCUCCAUCCUGCUCUCUCUUCUCCCUCUCAUUUUGAUCUCUGUCUACCCCGUCCCACUCAAUUUUUCACUCUCGUCCUCCUCUUCUCCCUCUGCGCACUCACACACGCGCUGUCUUGCGUCUCUCCCGGGAAUCCUAAGCGCAUCCUUGGUCUCGCAGGUGGACGGCGGCCCACUACCCAGCAGCCACCAUUCCCGCCCCGGAGAGCUCCACGCUGGCAGCGCAGCCCCUUCCGCGGCUCAGCAUUGGGAGGAAGACCCUGGUGGCGGCCGCCGUGGGGGUCAUGCUGGUCCUGGUGCUGGUGGUCCUCAUCCCCGUGCUGGUCAGCUCAGUGGGCGCAGAUGAUGCCAGCCACUUUGAGAUGCUAGGCACCUGCCGCAUGGUGUGCGACCCGUAUCUGGACUCAGGGGGCACGGGGAAAGCUACCUCUACCACAGGCCUCCAGGCGGAAGCAGAGGCUGAGGAGCUGAGCGACCACAGCAUCGGCCCACCGCUGCCCACCUAUGGCAGCCACGGUCCACAGGGCAAGCCCGGUCGCCCCGGGAAACCCGGACCCCCGGGACCCCCCGGAGAGCCCGGUCCGCCGGGGCCCAAAGGACCCCCAGGGGACGGAGGAGACGCUUUGAAGACUGGGAUACUGGGUCUGGGGGGCCAAGGAGCCAUCGCCACGGCCACCUACAGCACCACGCCACGGGUGGCUUUCUCCGCGGGACUCCGGAACCCCCAGGAGGGCUACGAGGUCCUGAAGUUUGACGACGUGGUCACCAACUUGGGGGAUAACUAUGACGGCUCGCUUGGCAAGUUCACGUGCAAGAUCCCCGGAACCUACUUCUUCAUCUACAAUGUGCUGAUGAGGGGAGGGGACGGCACCAGCAUGUGGGCGGACCUGCUGAAGAACGGUCUGGUGGGUGAAACUGUCACAAUUUAACUCUUUUACUUUUAGGCCUACUCUUUUUUUUACUUGCCUUUUCCCUAUUUUCUCUCUGAAAAUACAGUGGCACACUUGAUUUCUCUGACAAUUACAAAAGUCAGUCAACGCAGGGCAUCCAUGAAAGAGGCAAAAAGGGCAUCCAUUUUCAAUGACUUUUCAACAAACUGAAAAGGGGAAGCUAUUUAUUUAAGUAUAUGUUUUUCCACUUUAUAAUUUUUUAUUCAAAUAACUUCCUUAAUUGACUGACUUCUAUUCAAAUUGACCCUAACCCUGGUGUAGUGUGAAAUUCAGAACUUGUUUUGCUAACAUUCCAUUGCUUAUAUGUUGCACAAUAUGUUUAGCAUGACAAGGAGUGACAAGGAGUGGAAUUAUAACUCAAACAGACUGGUAGGUGUGAGGGUGUAAGACAUUCGCUAUAAUCUACGAGGGGCUGAUUACAGUAGGCAUGAUUAAAAUGAUUCAUGUGGACAUGCACAUGAAAUAGUCAGAAGUGUGCUCACACUCCGACCCCAUUCAUAGGCUACAGGACAGGUGGCAUAUCAUUUCUGUCUUUAAUGUCGUCUUCAUCAUCACUAUCGCACCAUAACCGUCUCUCUCUCCCCUUCAGACGUUCCCUUUCAAUUCAUUUCAUAUAUUGUGUCUUCACAUUAUCAAAUCAAAUCAAAUUGUAUUUGCCACAUGCGCCGAAUACAACAGGUGUAGACAUUACCGUGAAAUGCUUACUUACAGCCGUUAACCAACAAUGCAUUGAUUUCUUAAUAAAAAAGUAAAAUAAAACAACAACAAAAAAGUGUUGAGAAAAAAGAGCAGAAGUAAAAUAAAAUAACAGUAGGGAGGCUAUAUAUACAGGGGUGUACCGGUGCAGAGUCAAUGUGCGGGGGCACCGGCUGGUUGAGGUAGUGAGGUAAUACGUACAUGUGGGUAGAGUUAAAGUGACUAUGCAUAAAUAAAUAACAGAGUAGCAGCAGCGUAAAAAGAUUGGGUGGGGGUGCAAAUAGUCCGGGUAGCCAUUAUCCCGUAGGCUACAUGUUUUUUCUGAUAGGCUAUUUUGCUAGAUCUUUUUGAAACAGUAGGCCUACAUAGACCAGGCCUACUGCAGAUAAUCUGGUCGCAAGAAGAAAAACCCCAUCUGAUUAUCAAAUGUCUCCAGGCUGCGCUUCCGGACCCCGACAAAGAUCCCCUAUUGAUUAGACAUACGUUUUUAGGGACAGGACAAGUAUCCUCUCGAUCCAACAAUACAAUGCAAUGAUGAAUUUUAUUUUUGUUUUCAAGUGAGUACAAAACUCUAGCCUGUAAACUGCAGUGAAUACGUCAUUCGAAAAACCGUGAGCCCAGCAUUUUGAAGGAAGUAGCGGUGCGUGGGUAAAAUCACUAGGGGAGCCAAGCCAGGAAAAAAGCCAUAUUACAACCUGCUGUAUGUUGUGAUAAUUGUUUUGUUUUAUCUAGGCUUAUAACCUGUUAGAAUUGUGUUCAUAGGCCACUGUGGCCGAUUAGCCAUACAUCGUUUAAAGGACACAUUUCCAGAAGACAAUUGUUAGGCCACAUAGGCUAUCUAGCCUAUAGGCUUACAUUUGUGUUUCAUCACAGUUAAAACCUGAGCGCAACAUCUGUUUUAUAUCCACAAAACACAUUUUGAAUGUAACUGUUAUAUUACAUACACAGUAUGAAAAAUGUAUGCACUCACUAACUGUAAAUCGCUCUGGAUAAGAGCGUCUGCUAAAUGACUAAAAUGUAAAUGUAAACAGCAUGAUCAAAUGAAAGUUCAUGUUAGUUGGCCAAAAUGUCACUCUCGGUUUGCUCAACUUGUAAUACAGGCCUAGUCCUCACCAAAAUGUUUCCGAAGCAGCAAGAUAAUAUAAUAAUGUGAAAUACAACCGCAAUGCACUUCAACUUUGACAUGUUGUAAGCUAAUUAUAGGGAGAAGCCCCCAUAAUACUGAUGUUAGCCUGUUGUAACCAUAGACUAUAAAAAAUAAAGAGAUUCCUACACUCUUAUCUAUAGCCUAUAUAAGCUCCCAGUAAUUUAUAGAGAGUACAAUUUAUGUGCCGUUAGCCAGCACGUCUACUAACUUUUUGGGGUGUGCGCCAGCUCAUGCUUUUCAGUAACCUGUGGUAACCCUUAAAACGGCACCCAUAUGGUUUCAGGACCGCGGACAGUUAAGCGAGUCAGUGCAAAGAAAACAGCAGUGCAGCCUUGCUAUUUCAGCACCACCAGCUGGGCACUGCGCCUAGCAUCUCAACUAGCACAUGCACACUCAUCAUAAUAUGCAAUAAACCUGUGCAGAAUAUAUGCCAACAGUUUAGUCCACAAUAGGUAAAUAGUUAUUGCAAUCUUGCGGCAAAGAUGGCAGAAAAUAUCGUCAUGUUCAUUCCGAAAUAAGAUAAUGCAUUGAAUUAAAUGUAUUUGAAUCAAUGUAUUUGAAUCAUGACGGUCAACAGGAUGAAGGAAAAUGCAAAACAGUUCAUGCGAAAAAAAAAUAUAGCACUCCAAUUACAUGUAAUGUAGCCUACACUUCAUUUUUUAUACAAACCUUCAGAAAAUACAUUUCAUUUAUGAAAUAAUUGUGAAGGUGAUUCCAAUUGUUAGAACUGCUUCCUAAAUCUUAAGUAUAGCAUAUCGUACAGAAUUUAGGAACACCAGAACAAUUUGUGGACACAGUACUAAACUUAGAAAACGUGUGGUUCUCAAGGUGAAGUGAAAUUAUACCAUGUAUCGACUUGCUCACCAGUGAGCUCUGCAAAAAAAAACAACGAUACAAUGUAGCCUAACAAAAUUGCUCGCACCUUUCAUUAUCCCUAUCCGAACCGCGGUGGGAUUACAUUCUGAACACGGGCCUCGCAUUUGCUUGCAAUUUAAUGGGGUCUCAGUGCCUAAUAUGAUGAAUUGAGAUACAUGGGUGUCAUGAUCAUGGGCUGGCAGGGACAUGGUACGUUAAUCACUAGUAGGUGGGAAACUGUCAACGAGAGCUUGUGUAUCUUUAUGUACUGUAGGAAUGGAGUAUAGGGUGAAGUUGACCCUAGACGCUGAUCUUGGGCCAGUUGCUAUUCCCCCACUAAUGUUUAAGGUAAGGAUUGGGGGAGGGGAAGCUGAUCCUACAUCAGCUAAUCUUAAACUUUACCCCAGAGCUGUAGGAACAUGAUUAUCAUCGAAUGAUGCUUGCUGAGACAUGUCAACAGGAUAGAGACAUCUCAGUUCAACACACACACACACACACACACACACACACACACACUAAAAUACAGCCCCUGGACAUAGUUCAGUUAAAACAGAUCAUAAUCAAUUAUGCAUUGCCAGUGUGCAUAACUGCUAUGUUGUUUAUCAACCUGUUCAACGUGUAGGCUAGUAGAUAUUGAAUAUUGGCUUUUGGAUGAUUGUUUUGUAUUUGUAUUUUAUUAUGGAUCCCCUUCCUGGGGUUCAGCAAUAUUAAGGCAAUUUACAUACAGUUAAAACAUUACACUUCACAACACAUUAUUACACACUAUUACAACAUAUCUACAAUACAAAAUAUAUACAGUGAGGGAAAAAAGUAUUUGAUCCCCUGCUGAUUUUGUACGUUUGCCCACUGACAAAGAAAUGAUUAGUCUAUAAUUUUAAUGGUAGGUUUAUUUGAACAGUGAGAGACAGAAUAACAACAAAAAAAUCCAGAAAAACGCAUGUCAAAAAUGUUAUAAAUUGAUUAACAUUUUAAUGAGGGGAAUAAGUAUUUGAACCCUUCUGCAAAACAUGACUUAGUACUUGGUGGCAAAACCCUUGUUGGCAAAAACAGAGGUCAGACGUUUCUUGUAGUUGGCCACCAGGUUUGCACACAUCUCAGCAGGGAUUUUGUCCCACUCCUCUUUGCAGAUCUUCUCCAAGUCAUUAAGGUUUCGAGGCUGACGUUUGGCAACUCGAACCUUUAGCUCCCUCCACAGAUUUUGUAUGGGAUUAAGGUCUGGAGACUGGCUAGGCCACUCCAGGACCUUAAUGUGCUUCUUCUUGAGCCACUCCUUUGUUGCCUUGGCCGUGUGUUUUGGGUCACUGUCAUGCUAGAAUACCCAUCCACGACCCAUUUUCAAUGCCCUGGCUGAGGGAAGGAGGUUCUCGCCCAAGAUUUGACGGUACAUGGCCCCGUCCAUCGUCCCUUUGAUGCGGUUUAGUUGUCCUGUCCCGUUAGCAGAAAAACACCCCCAAAGCAUAAUGUUUCCACCUCCAUGUUUGACGGUGGGGAUGGUGUUCUUGGGGUCAUAGGCAGCAUUCCUCCUCCUCCAAACACGACGAGUUGAGUUGAUGCCAAAGAGCUCGAUUUUGGUCUCAUCUGACCACAACACUUUCACCCAGUUCUCCUCUGAAUCAUUCAGAUGUUCAUUGGCAAAUUUCAGACGGGCAUGUAUAUGUGCUUUCUUGAGCAGGGGGACCUUGUGGGCGCUGCAGGAUUUCAGUCCUUCACGGCGUAGUGUGUUACCAAUUGUUUCCUUGGUGACUAUGGUCCCAGCUGUCUUGAGAUCAUUGACAAGAUCCUCCCGUGUAGUUCUGGGCUGAUUCCUCACCGUUCUCAUGAUCAUUGUAACUCCACGAGGUGAGAUCUUGCAUGGAGCCCCAGGCCGAGGGAGAUUGACAGUUCUUUUGUGUUUCUUCCAUUUGCGAAUAAUCGCACCAACUAUUGUCACCUUCUCACCAAGCUGCUUGACGAUGGUAAUGUAGCCCAUUCCAGCCUUGUGUAGGUCUACAAUCUUGUCCCUGACAUCCUUGGAGAGCUCUUUGGUCUUGGCCAUGGUGGAGAGUUUGGAAUCUGAUUGAUUGAUUGCUUCUGUGGACAGGUGUCUUUUAUACUGGUAACAAGCUAAUCUCAGCUCGUUACCUGUAUAAAAGACACCUGGGAGCCAGAAAUCUUUCUGAUUGAGAGGGGGUCAAAUACUUAUUUCCCUCAUUAGAAUGCGUUUUUCUGGAUUUUUUGUUGUUGUUAUUCUGUCUCUCACUGUUCAAAUAAACCUACCAUUAAGAUUAUAGACUGAUCAUUUCUUUGUCAGUGGGCAAACGUACAAAAUCAGCAGGGGAUCAAAUACUUUUUUCCCUCACUGUAUAUACGUGUGUGUAGAGUGUGUGUGUUAGCGUAUGUGUCUCUUCACAGUCCGCCCUGUUCCAUAUGGUGUAGUUUUAUCCUUUUUUUAAAUCAGAUUUUACUGCUUGCAUGAGUUACUUGAUGGUGUUCUGUUUUUAUUGCUCUGAGUGCAGACAUAUGACAGACAUAUGACAAACAUUGACAGUGUAAAUAUAACUGACACAGAGGGAAACCUUCACGAUGCAGUCCACCAUAAGCUUCAUAGGACACACUUUACAUUAUAGAUGAACAUUACAUUUUAGUAAUUUAGCAGACGCUCAUAUCCAGAGCGAUUUACAGGAAAAAGUAGGGUUAAGUGCCUUGCUCAAGGGCACACCGACAGAUUUUUGUUUUGUUUUAUAUAGCUAGGCCAAUAGUUCUUAUGUAAUUGUGAUACUUUUACAAUGUGAUUUAUUUUUAUUUUUAUAGCUAAGCCAAUAGUUCUUAUGUAAUUGUCAUACUUUUACAAUGUAUCAUUAAUUGUGUAAUUAUUUGUUACUGCUGUUGCCAGAGUCCCUAUGAUUAUUAAUUAUUGUGAAGAACAUAAGUACAUUGUAGUGGACACCGACAGUGCAACGAACCUUGGUCUCCCAGCCCAUAGGCAAACUUGCUGACUACUGUUCCAAUAGGUUUACUUCACUUGGAAAAUAUCGUAAGGAGCCUAUUAUAUUAUACAAACCUUAUCAUAAUACAGUACUAUAGAUCAGGGAUCAUCAACUAGAUUCUGCCGCGGGCUGAUUUUUUCUUUAGCGGAUGGUCGGCAGGCUGGAACAUAAUUACAAAUAAUUUGUAGUCUGCAAGUUGACCUCAAGAAGCCCAGACAUAAUAUUUGACUAAAUCAUAAUCAUUUCAAACCUUGCUUACAUUUGUUUAUGAUCACAUGUCUAUUAUGUGUGGGAAUACUUUGGAACAGAUUUCCAAAAUCAAAAUAACUUUGAGCUGAUUUCCUGGUGUUUUUACAGUCUUUUACGUCCUACCAUGAAAAAAACAUUACAGUACCAGUCAAAAGUUUGGACACACCUACUCAUUCAAGGGUUUUUCUUUACUUUUUUAAAAACUAUUUUCUACAUUGUAGAAUAAUAGUGAAGACAUCAAAACUAUGAAAUAACACAUAUGGAAUCAUGUAGUAACCAAAAAAAGUGUUUAUUUAGAUUCGAGAUUCUUCAAAUAGCCACCCUUUGCCUUGAUGACAGCUUUGCACACUCUUGGCAUUCUCUCAAUCAAUUUCAUGAGGAAUGCUUUUCCAACAGUCUUGAAGGAGUACCCACAUAUGCUGAGCACUUGUUGACUGCUUUUCCUUCACUCUGCGGUCCAACUCAUCCCAAACCAUCUCAAUUGGGUUGAUGUCGGGUGAUUGUGGAGGGCAGGUCAUCUGAUGCAGCACUCCAUCACUCUCCUUCUCGGUCAAAAAGCCCUUACACAGCCUCAUUGUCCUGUUGAAAAACAAAUGAUAGUGCCACUAAGCACAAACCAGAUGGGAUGGCGUAUCGCUGCAGAAUGCUGUGGUAGCCAUGCUGGUUAAGUGUGCCUUGAAUUCUAAAUAAAUCAUUGACAGUGUCACCAGCAAAGCACCCCCACACCAUCACACCUCCUCCUCCAUGCUUCAUGGUGGGAACCACACAUGCAGAGAUCAUCCGUUCACCUACUCUGUGUCUCACAAAGACACAGCGUUUGGAACCAAAAAUCUCAACUUUGGACUCAUCAGACCAAAGGACAGAUUUCCACCGGUCUGAUGUCCAUUGCUCGUGUUUCUUGGCCCAAGCAAGUCUCUUCUUCUUAUUGGUGUCCUUUAGUAGUGGUUUCUUUGCAGCAAUUCGACCAUGAAGGCCAGAUUCACUGUCUCCUCUGAACAGUUGAUGUUGAGAUGUGUAUGUUACUUGAACUCUGUGAAGCAUUCAUUUGGGCUGCAAUCUGAGGUGCAGUUAACUCUAAUGAACUUAUCCUCUGCAGCAGAGGUAACUCUGGGUCUUCCUUUCCUGUGGCGGUCCUCAUGAUGGCCAGUUUCAUCAUAGCGCUUGAUUAUUUUUGUGACUGCACUUGAAGAAACUUUCAAAGUUCUUGAAAUUUUCCAGAUUGACUGACCUUUAUUUCUUAAAGUAAUGAUGGACUGUCGUUUCUCUUUGCUUAUUUGAGCUGUUCUUGCCAUAAUAUGGACCCCUACCUUGUCACAACACAACUGAUUGGCUCAAAUUAACUUUUAACAAGGCACACCUGUUAAUUGAAAUGCAUUCCAGGUGACUACCUCAUGAAGCUGGUUGAGAGAAUGCCAAGAGUGUGCGAAGAUGUCAUCAAGGCAAAGGGUGGCUAUUUGAAGAAUCUCAAAUAUAAAAUAUAUUGAUUUGUUUAACACUUUUUUGGUUACUACAUGAUUCCAUAUGUGUUAUUUCAUAGUUUUGAUGUCUUUACUUUCUACAAUGUAGAAAAUAGUAAAAAUAAAGAAAAACCCUUGAAUGAGUAGGUGUGUCCAAACUUUUGACUGGUACUGUGUAAUUGCUUGCUCAGAAAACUUGAGGGGCCAAGUAAAACCACCCGCAGGACAAAUUCGGCACGCGGGCCGCCAGUUGGGGAACCUUGCAGUAGAUUAUGUGUUUAUAUUCUUGAUGACGGGGAGCGAAGGGUACAGCCAUGUCAUGUCACCCAUCAUCCAUGCACUGACAUCCGUCAUCGUCCUGUCACUCUGACCAAGCCAUCUCCCAGGAGCCUCCAGGGCUCAUGAUAUUUUCCUUUUUACGUCCUCGUUCAGCCAGCACUAAUUACAACCCCAUGCCUUUGUUUCGGUCCUCGUACUGAAACAGGCAGCAAGACACUCGCCCCCGGAGGGUUAGUUGGAUUAGACAGUGCAAAACAGUCCAGAGAACUUAGCUAGUCUAAGCUACAGUGUGGCAUAUCUUAGAGCAUUCCAAUCUGGCAACACCAACUCUUAGCUAUUAGCUUUAAAAAAAAACGAUUUGUAUGUUCUUCAGUGUUGGAAAGGGCCUUGAAGUCACAGUGUCACUUUUUUUCCGACGUCGACUCGAAAUGUGUGAAAGCGGUUCUGGCACUUCGCUCCCGAUUUAGCGCAGUUGUGAUUUAAAGGUCCAAUGCAGACGUUUCUAUCUCAAUAUUAAAUAAUUUCUGGGUAACAAUUAAGUACUUUACUGUGAUUGGUCAAAAAUAAACAAAAAUAGCUUCUUAGCAAAGAGCAAUUUCUCAUAAGCUGCUGUUGAAACUCUCUGUCGAGCAUCGGACACUGAUUUUCUGCGUUCAACCUUGAAAUAUUGGAGGUCUGACUCUAAAUCUGGGGUAUUAGUAGAGAAAAUAGGGCACUUCUUCCAAUCUGAAAGCCUGGCUGACUCAGGCUAACAUUUUUCCAGUUGACUCAUAGGACUUAUUCAGAGUGGAUAAAAACAAGGGAUUUGCCGUGGGGGACAGUUUUACACAAACAUCUUGAUUACUUGACUUCUUAUUCAAUCAGUCCACCCCUCCCCCAAAACUGUCUAGUAGUCCUUGGUAAUGACAUGAGUUGUAAAUAGGUGUGGCCGUUGGUCGACAUGCUUCAGUCAGUUAAUUACUUUUCAUUGAAUGUUCGUCACUGGAAAACCAAUGCCACCAUUGCUUUUGCCAUUUCUAAUUCGUUGUUUGUUGUUGAUAAAUGGUGUUUGAAUUACUUGCACAUUAUUGUUAUUCGUUUUUGGCACUGGAUACCUUUUCUGACUCCUGUAAAGUACAGCAAAACUAACUACAACCAGGACUUCUUUUGUGCAAUUGAAUGUGAUUUGUUUAAGUGUCAUUGCUAAAAUCUUGCUUUCUCUCUCCAUCACUCUCCUGUUUUCUCCUUCUUUCUCCUACUCUCUUUCCUUCUCUCUCUACCUCUCUCCUACUCCCUCCUUCACACUAUUUCCCUCUCUCCUACUCUCACUCUCUCUCCUUCACUCUCUUUUCCCCCCUCUCUCUCCUACUCUUUCCUUCCUUUGUGCUCUCUCUUUCUCCCCCCCCCCCCCUCGCUCUCUCCCAUACGUUGUAUCUUUUUCCAGGUCAGGGCCAGUGCCAUAGCCCAAGACCAGGACCAGAGUUAUGACUACGCCAGCAACAGUGUCAUCCUUCAUUUGGACGCUGGGGAUGAGGUCUUCAUCAAACUGGACGGGGGCAAGGCCCACGGGGGCAACAGCAACAAAUACAGCACCUUCUCAGGGUUCAUCCUCUAUGCUGACUGA